AUGUUCCGCUCUCUUCUCCCCCGGGCCACGCCGCGGGCGGCCCUCCGCACUGCUCGUCCUCAACCCAUCCCUUCGAACUUCGUCGUCGCUACCCCCUCCAUGGCCCUUAUGGGACGCUCGAAACGUGGCUACGCUUCCGAGUCUGGUGAACACGACCUCGUGAUCAUUGGUGGUGGUGUUGCCGGUUACGUCGCGGCCAUCAAGGCCGGUCAGGAAGGCCUCAAGACCGCUUGUAUCGAGAAGCGUGGCCGUCUCGGUGGUACUUGCCUGAACGUCGGCUGUAUCCCCUCCAAGUCCCUCCUCAACAACUCCCACCUCUACCAUCAGAUCCUCCAUGACACGAAAAAGCGCGGUAUCGAGGUCGGUGAUGUCAAGCUCAACCUCGAGCAGAUGAUGAAGGCCAAGGAUGACUCCGUCUCCGGUCUUACCAAGGGUAUCGAGUUCCUCUUCAAGAAGAACGGUGUCGACUACAUCAAGGGUACCGGUGCCUUUGUCGAUGCCAACACCAUCAAGGUCGACCUCCUCGAGGGUGGUGAGCAGACCCUCCGCGGAAAGAACAUCAUCAUCGCCACCGGUUCCGAGUCCACGCCCUUCCCCGGCCUGAACAUCGAUGAGAAGCGCAUCAUCACCAGCACUGGUGCCCUUGCUCUCACGGAGGUUCCCAAGAAGAUGGUCGUCAUCGGUGGCGGUAUCAUCGGUCUGGAGAUGGCCUCCGUGUGGUCCCGUCUCGGCGCUGAAGUCACCGUUGUCGAAUUUCUCAACCAGAUCGGUGGUCCCGGUAUGGACGCCGACAUCGCCAAGCAGACCCAGAAGCUUCUCCAGAAGCAGGGCAUCAAGUUCAAGACCGGCACCAAGGUCACCAAGGGUGAUGACAGCGGCGCUACCGUCUCCCUCAGCAUUGAGGCCGCCAAGGGUGGCAAGGAGGACACCCUCGACGCCGACGUCGUCCUCGUCGCCAUCGGUCGCCGCCCCUACACCGAGGGUCUUGGUCUGGAGAACGUUGGUAUCGAGACGGACGAGCGCGGCCGUCUGGUGAUCGACCAGGAGUACCGCACCAAGCUCCCCCACAUCCGUGUCGUCGGUGACUGCACCUUUGGUCCCAUGCUGGCCCACAAGGCCGAGGAGGAGGCCGUCGCGGCCAUCGAGUACAUCAAGAAGGGCUACGGCCACGUCAACUACGGCGCCAUCCCCAGCGUCAUGUACACCCACCCCGAGGUCGCCUGGGUUGGUCAGACCGAGGCCGACGUCAAGGCCGCCGGUGUCAAGUACCGUGUCGGCACCUUCCCCUUCAGCGCCAACUCCCGUGCCAAGACCAACCUCGACACCGAGGGCCAGGUCAAGUUCGUUGCCGACGCUGAGACCGACCGCAUUCUCGGUGUCCACAUCAUCGGCCCCAACGCUGGUGAGAUGAUCGCCGAGGCCACCCUCGCCGUCGAAUACGGUGCCUCCUGCGAGGACAUCGCCCGGACGUGCCACGCCCACCCGACUCUGUCCGAGGCCUUCAAGGAGGCCGCCAUGGCCACCUACUCCAAGGCCAUCCACUUCUAA